UUAAAAGACAAAUGAAUUGACUAUCACCCUAUGCCUGUGAAAAACCUCCCAAGUGUAUGGGAAACACCAACAUCUGGAGAGAAAAAGAAUGUCAAGAAAAAACAAAACAUUAAUUUUUAAAUACUUUCUUAAUCUCAUUAAUGGAGCGUUCUUGGUUCUUGGACUUCUACUCAUGGGAUUUGGUGCAUGGCUGUUAUUAGAUAGAAAUAAUUUUUUCACAGCUUUGGAUGAAGAUAAUCAUUCAAUAGUAUAUGUUUUUCAAAUUUUGAUUGGAACUGGAUCUGCUAUUGUUCUUCUUUGCCUCUUGGGUUAUUUGGGAAUUCACAAUGAAAUCAGGUGGCUCCUACUUCUGUACACAGCACUGUUAAUGUGGGCCUUUGGUGUUCAGGUUGUGUUUUCAGCAUUCAUCAUCAUAAAGAAAAAGGAGGUUCACCAAGCAUGGCAUGAUAAAAUUGACUUAAUCAUUAGUGAGUAUGGAUCUAAAGAUAUGCCUGAAGACAUACCCAAGUGGACUGUUCUGAAUGUUUUACAGAAAACAUUGCAGUGUUGUGGCCAGUACAAUUAUACAGAUUGGAUAAAGAACAAAAAUAAAGAAAAUUCAGAACAGGUGCCAUGUUCUUGCACAAAUUCUACACUAAGGAAAUGGUUUUGUGAUGAGCCACUGAAUUCAACUUACCUAGAGGGUUGUGAAAAUAAAAUCAACACAUGGUAUAGUGAUAAUGCUUUAACAUUAAUUGGCAUUAACUUUGGACUUUUGGCUUCAGAGGUUUUGCAAAUCUUAUUAACUGUUUCUUUCUUCAGACACAUCAAGAAUAGAAUAUACACAGAAGUGUGAUCCUUGGAUUUUAAUUUGCCCGGAAGAAACCAGCUAAUUCUCAAAAUAAUCACAUAAUGUUCUUUUACUCCCCACCCCCAAAAAAGGUGUACAAUCUAGUGAUUCACCACUUCCAUGCGUUACUCACAGCUCCCCAGGAUAAGGGUAGUCUCUGUCACUGAGGCUCUUUGCAACUCCAAAGCCUCACUCAGUGCUUGACGAGAUUUCCUUUAAACAAGCAGUAUCUUCCCUUUUACCAUUAAAGUUGGAAGCAAUGACCUGGACCAGAAAUUGUCCAAGAUGAUAAAUCAGGAAGCAUAAGAGAUUUGCUCUAUAGAAUAUCAGAAACUAAGAAUAAACAACAGUCGUUCUUUGCAUUCUACUCUGAGUGUCAUCCACUUAAAUCUCAUUAAAGUCACCAUAGCAGGCAAGAACAGAAAUAAUAUUGGGGAAGAGAAUGGAACAGAUAAAUGAAUGGAUGAGUAGAUAUCAACAAAUUCACCAAAUAACAGAAAUACAUACAAUCCUUUAUAAAAAAAAUUAGUUCAUAGUAAGGGCAAUAUUCUUACUGUAGAAGCAAACUCUUCUGGUAUGUACCCUAUCUACAGAUGUGGAAAUUGAGGCAGAGGGCCAUGAGAUAACUUAAACAACAACUUGGAAUUAGGAAGAGAAAAGAUCUGGGAUUUGAACAAGCAGUCUGGCUAUGGGGAAUAAUGACAAACUGAAGAUUUGUUGUUCCUCUACUAGAAGAACUACCAUCUGAUUCAACAAUUCCACUUCUAGCAGCCCUGUGAGUUAGCUGUGUCACAACUGAAAAAAAAUUGCGCUAAAAUGGAUAAAAAGACCUCACAUGUCUAGCCGGGUAAAGGAGGUGACUUAACCACCAAUUUAUUGCAAGAGGAAGUGAAGAUAUGGGUUGCUUUGCUUUAAGGCAGCCGAGAGUGUGUGGGUCUCUUCAACUCUUUUCUUCUCUGUGUAGCUGGAAACAAUUUGAAGAAGAUGGAGUUGCAAGAUGGAAACAAUCUAGAUUGUUCAGUCAUUAGUUAGAACAAAGUUCUUGUAGAAGAGCCACCUGAGUCACGCUGGAUGUGAUGUGAAUAAGAAAUAAACCUUUUGUAGGAAGCCUCUAAAAUUUGGGGGUGGUCUGUUGCAGAAACUGGCAUUAAUUACUUUGGCUAAUAUAUAGGAUUAUUAUCACUUAUUUUGGUCUAAAUCUCAAGAUUCCCUUGGGGAAAACUUUUAUGCCUUUUUGAUUAUAACUUCCUUCCUGGCCUUUG